GUUUUUCCUUGCUCCGAUUUUUUCUCCAGUCUCUUUUGGUUCUAGUUCUCCUGGUUUCGACGCUUGCCUGUCCUGACUCCGAACCCACCUGCCUGACCACUCUGCCUGCUCUGUCUUCAAGCCUGCCUAUCCCCUUGUACUGUUUGGACUCGGAUUUGGUUACUGAACCCCUGCCUGGCCUGACCUCGAGACGGCCCUUCAUCUGGUACCUUUUUGGACUCUCACCCGGUUUAUGACUCUCGCUUGUCCCUGACCUACCUCUUGCCUACCCCUUGGAUUAAUACAUUUCGGGACUCAACCAUCUGCUUCCUGUGUCUGCAUUUGGGUCUCGCCUUGUGUCCUUAUAAGUGCAUUCAUCAUAAGAUGGCUAGUUUGAGGAGCGGAGACGACUGCAGAAGAGGAGGCCUCACAGCCAAGUUACCAUGAAGUCCGCCUGCCUGAUAAUUCUGGCAUCUCUAGUGGUCUGCAACCUGACGUUGGCUCGAGGACAGGGCAUCCCCGCUGAGGAGGAGACGGGGGACCGGCAGACUAUUGACGAUAUCAUCCUACAGAGAGCCGAGAGCCUCCUGCUCCGCUCCAUUCUCAAAAAUAUAGAGGAUGAGGAUGGCGCGAACGAAGGGUUGACCUCUCAGCCAGAGUGGCUGGUGAAGCGGCAGCAUCCCGGUAAGAGGUACCAGGAGGAGCUGGAAAAAAGGCAACACCCUGGGAAGCGAGAGGAGGACGAGGACGAAGACUAUGGCGAGGUUCAGAAAAGACAGCACCCGGGAAAACGCGAAGACGAAUUUGACUCUUUUGUGGAGCUCCAGAGAAGACAGCAUCCAGGCAAGCGCUUAAUAUUGGAGCAGAUUACAGAGAACCCCGCAUUUCUAAGUGAACUCUCCAAACGUCAGCACCCGGGCAAGCGCUACGUGAUGUACUACAGUAAGCGCCAGCAUCCCGGCAGGCGAGAGGUGGACGACGAGUCAGACGCAGGGGACCUCAAGGAGUUGGAGAAGCGCCAACACCCCGGCAAACGCUACUUGGAUAACACGAGCCCGGAUUUGGGCGCCAACAGUCCCUGUGACGUGCUGGACCCUGGCUGCAGUAAGGCCAACCUGUUGCUCCAGCUAUUAGACAACGUGAACAAGAGUCGUGCGGAGAAGAGACAGCACCCAGGCAAAAGGUCCGCACCUGUCGACAAUUUGACCGAACAGGAGUAACUAGCGGGGCUGAUGAAGCCCACGUGGGGAAGAAAUAAAGACUAAAGCGAGGGGAUUAGCUAUUGGCUCUGCAGUCUGUCUGUAUCCAGCUGAGGACGCAGUCUCGGAAUCUGCUCUUUUUCUGUCUGACCUUGAAUUGAAUAGGCUAAGUGUAAUUUUCAGAGUUAUAUAAAGCAAAUGUGUUAUAUACGACAAAUUGACCUGUAGUUUGUUUUAUGAUUUAGGCCUAAUGCGUUCGUGGUAAAAUAUAAGUGGAUAUACCCCAACAAAAUAAUUUAGUGGGUCUCUUGAUUACUUUUCUACUUGAAUAUUCUUGCAUGGUAUAACAACUGAUUAAUUGUUGUGCAUUUUCUGUUACUUUUGCCUUAAAGCCUAUUAUGACUCUACAACUCUAUACAAUAAAACGCAUUCGUACAGAUGACUGAG